CUCUGCUGGAGGGAUACGGAGGAGCGCAUUUUAAGAAGUAGCAGGUAACCUGGAGGCCUUCACAUUGAGGAGUAUCACUCAGACCCAGGUUGGAAUUUUACAGUCCAAGGACACUGUUCUCCAGGAUUAAAAGCUGUUUGAGGAUUGAGGAUGGCGGCCAACUACGAGGCGACCAAGCCGGUCAUCAUGAAUGAAGAGGAACUGAAGAGGAAGCAGCGGGAGAAGCUGAAGAAACUGCAGGCCACAGGGGGCAACCCAAGACCUGCCCGGUCCCUCUUCUGUCUUACUCUAAGAAACCCCUUCCGUAAAGCCUGCAUCAAUAUUGUGGAGUGGAAAACCUUUGAGAUCAUCAUUUUAUUGACCAUCUUUGCAAAUUGUGUAGCCCUGGCAGUGUUCCUACCCAUGCCUGAAGAGGACAGUAAUAACACCAAUCUAAACUUGGAGAGUUUGGAGUACGUAUUCUUGAUAAUCUUUACCUUGGAGUGCUUUCUGAAGAUCGUGGCAUACGGCUUUGUCUUCCAUGAAGGUGCAUAUUUACGGAACUGCUGGAACAUAUUGGAUUUUGUCAUCGUCUUCAUGGGUUUGGUCACCUUUGCCUUGGACACCAUCAAUCAGAUAUCAGGUGUUCCACUGGAGAAAGGAGGAGGUUUUGACAUGAAGGCGCUGAGAGCCUUUAGGGUGCUGCGGCCCUUACGUCUUGUCUCUGGAGUCCCCAGCCUGCAGGUGGUGAUGAAUUCUAUCCUCAAAGCCAUGCUUCCUCUACUGCACAUAGCCCUGCUAGUCUUCUUACUGGUCACCAUCUAUGCCAUCAUGGGACUGGAGCUCUUUAAGUGCAAGAUGCAUAAAACAUGCUAUUACACAGGCACAAACAUCUAUUCAACGGCAGAGGGGGAGAUGCCAGCGCCGUGUGCUCAGGCUGGUAAUGGACGUCGUUGCAUCAUUAACGGCUCAGAGUGUCGACCUGGCUGGGAAGGUCCUAAUAAUGGCAUCACCCACUUUGAUAACAUUGGAUUCGCCAUGCUUACCGUCUAUCAGUGUAUUACCAUGGAGGGAUGGACUAAAGUUCUCUACUGGAUAAAUGAUGCCAUCGGAAAUGAAUGGCCUUGGGUCUAUUUUGUUCCUCUCAUUCUUGUGGGCUCCUUCUUUGUGCUCAAUCUGGUUCUGGGCGUGCUGAGUGGAGAGUUUACCAAGGAGCGAGAGAAGGCAAGGUCUCGGGGAGAGUUCCAGAAGUUGAGGGAGCGUCAACAACUGGAUGAGGACCUUCACGGCUACAUGGAAUGGAUCACUCACGCUGAGGUCUUGGAUGCUGAUAGAGAGGGCAAAGGUCUCCUACCGUUGACCAGUGGAGAUUCUGACACCGACAGCAUUUUCGACAUGGAGGGCAAGGGUCGUGUGAUUUAUUAUUAUCGCCUAGCUCGUCGUUGGAACCGCUUCAUCAGGAUGAAGUGUUUAGUUUUUGUAAAAACCAGAGCUUUUUACUGGCUGGUGAUGCUUCUCGUCCUCCUCAACACGCUGACCAUCGCUACAGAGUACCACCAUCAACCGGCUUGGCUCACCUCCCUUCAAGACGUGGCAAGCCGUGUCCUCCUGGUGCUCUUUGUCAUUGAGAUGUUUGUGAAGAUGUACGCUCUGGGUCCCAGGGCGUACUUCAUGUCGCUCUUCAACCGUUUUGACUUUUUCGUGGUGAUCUGCGGCAUCCUGGAGAUGAUCAUGUUGUCGGCGGGAGAGGUGACCCCCCUGGGUUUCUCUGUGCUAAGGUGCAUUCGGCUUCUGAGGAUCCUCAAGGUCACAAAGUAUUGGACCUCUUUGAGUAACCUUGUAGCCUCGCUCCUGAACUCCGUCCGCUCCAUCGCCUCCCUGCUUCUUCUCCUCUUCCUCUUCAUCGUCAUCUUCUCACUGCUGGGCAUGCAGGUGUUUGGAGGAAAAUUCAACUUUCCCGACAACAGGCCCAGACGGAGCAACUUUGACAACUUCCCUCAGGCCCUCAUCAGCGUGUUCCAGAUCCUUACAGGGGAGGAAUGGACCGCCAUCAUGAACAACGGCAUUAUGGCCUACGGCGGACCGGUCAUGCCUGGCAUCCUGGUUUCUAUCUUCUUCAUCGUCCUCUUUGUCUGCGGAAACUACAUUCUUCUCAAUGUCUUUUUGGCCAUCGCUGUGGACAACCUGGCAGAAGCUGAGAGUCUGACCUCAGCUCAGAAAGAGAAAGCAGAGGAGAAGAUGAGAAGAAAGCUGAUGCGGUCCAAAAUGCCUGAUAAGACAGAUGAGGAGAGAGAGAGGAUGUCCAAGAAACUGGCAGAGCAGAGAGCCAAGAUGGAGGGCAUGCCAACCACAGCCAAGCUCAAAAUUGAUGAGUUUGAGUCCAACGUCAAUGAAGUCAAAGAUCCCUUCCCCCCUGCAGACUUCCCAGGCGACGAUGAAGAGGAAGAGCCUGAAAUCCCCAUCAGCCCUCGGCCCCGACCCAUGGCCGACCUGCAGCUAAAGGAGGAAGCUGUUCCGUUGCCUGUAGCCAGCUCAUUUUUCAUUUUUGGCCCACAAAACAAGUUCCGUAAACUGUGCUACAAGAUCAUCAACGCCUCUUCAUUCACUAAUCUAAUCCUCCUGUUCAUCUUGCUGUCUUCCAUCUCCCUGGCAGCCGAGGACCCCAUCGAUCCCAAGUCAUAUAGAAACAAGAUCUUGGCCUACGCUGACAUUGUCUUCACAACAGUGUUCACCAUUGAGAUUGUACUGAAGAUGACCGUUUAUGGAGCGUUCAUGCACGAGGGUUCCUUCUGUCGCAACUCCUUCAACAUCCUGGAUCUGAUCGUGGUUGGAGUCUCUCUGCUCUCUAUGGGAAUGGAAUCCAGUGCCAUUUCUGUGGUGAAGAUUCUCAGGGUGCUCAGGGUGCUAAGGCCACUCAGGGCAAUCAAUAGAGCCAAAGGUUUAAAGCAUGUGGUCCAGUGUGUGUUUGUGGCCAUCAAAACCAUUGGAAACAUUGUUCUGGUCACCAUGCUGCUCAAUUUCAUGUUUGCCUGCAUAGGAGUGCAACUUUUCAAGGGGAAAUUAUAUAGCUGCUCUGACCCAUCCAAAAUAACAGAGGAGGAAUGCCAGGGAUUCUUCUUGAAGCAAAUAGAUAAUUCUCUGCAGGACACAGUGCUGGCCAAACGAGAAUGGCUCAACAAUGACUUUAACUUUGACAACGUGCUCUAUGGCAUGCUGGCUCUCUUCACUGUUUCUACAUUUGAGGGCUGGCCAAAACUCUUGUAUCGAGCCAUAGAUUCAGACGAAGAAGACAUGGGGCCGGUCUUCAACAACCGUGUGGACGUUUCCAUCUUCUUCAUCAUCUACAUUAUACUCAUCGCCUUCUUUAUGAUGAACAUCUUUGUUGGCUUUGUCAUCGUCACCUUCCAGGAGCAGGGCGAGCAGGAGUACAAGGACUGUGAGCUGGACAAGAACCAGCGGCAAUGUGUGCAAUACGCCUUAAAGGCUCGACCACUGAGGUGCUACAUUCCCAAGAACCCGUACCAGUACAGGGUCUGGUACAUCGUCACCUCCUGCUACUUUGAGUACCUCAUGUUCUUCCUCAUCAUGCUCAACACUUUGUGUCUGGGGAUGCAGCACUGUAACCAGUCAGACCAUGUGACCAAGCUGUCUGACACACUGAACUUGAUCUUCACUGUGCUCUUCACCGUGGAGAUGAUUCUCAAGCUCAUGGCCUUCAAAGCAAAGGGUUACUUUGGAGACCCCUGGAACGUGUUCGACUUCAUCAUUGUCAUUGGCAGUGUUGUUGAUGUCAUCCUCAGCGAAGUGGACACAAGUGUAACCGUGGCCCAGAAUGGUGCCAGCACAUCUAGCUCACAGAACAUGAGCGCCCUAGCUGCCAGUGGAGGACUGUACUGUCUCCAAGGCUGUGCUGACACGAAUCCCAUGCAAGCAAUCGCAGCCUCGGAGAACGCUUCAGUUUCUAUCACGUUUUUCCGACUCUUCCGAGUCAUGCGUCUGGUCAAGCUGCUGAACCGUUCUGAGGGCAUCCGUAACCUCCUGUGGACUUUCAUCAAGUCCUUCCAGGCUCUUCCUCACGUGGCUCUGCUCAUUGUGAUGCUCUUCUUCAUCUACGCUGUCAUCGGGAUGCAGAUUUUCGGGAAGAUAGCCUUAGUGGACGGCACGGAAAUCCACCGCAACAAUAACUUCCAGACAUUCCCUCAAGCGGUUCUCAUGUUGUUCCGGUGUGCUACUGGAGAAGGUUGGGAGGAAGUCAUGAUGGCGUCUAUGUACGGGAAGAAGUGUGACCCCAAGUCUGACUUCCUGCCAGGAGAGGAGCACACCUGUGGCUCCAACUUUGCAGUCUUCUACUUCCUCAGCUUCUACUGCCUCUGUGCCUUCUUGAUCCUCAACCUGUUUGUUGCUGUCAUUAUGGACAAUUUUGACUACCUGACACGUGAUUGGUCUCUCCUUGGUCCACACCACCUGGAUGAGUUUAAGAAGAUCUGGGCUGAAUAUGACCCAGAAGCCACAGGGAGAAUUAAACAUCUGGAUGUGGUGACGCUGCUACGACGCAUUCAACCUCCGCUGGGCUUUGGCAAGUUCUGCCCUCAUCGAGCAGCCUGUAAGCGAUUAGUUGGCAUGAACAUGCCUCUCAACAGCGACGGAACCGUCACCUUCAACGCCACCCUCUUCGCUCUGGUCCGCACUGCACUCAAGAUCAAGACAGAAGGAAACUUUGAGCAGGCCAAUGAGGAGCUGCGAGCCAUCAUUAAGUCCAUCUGGAAGCGCACAAGCAUGAAGCUGUUGGACCAGGUCAUCCCCCCUAUAGGAGAUGAUGAGGUCACUGUUGGAAAAUUCUACGCCACUUUCCUGCUCCAGGAUUAUUUGCGUAAAUUCCUCAAGCAUCAGGAAGAAUACUACGGCUACCGGCCCUCUCGGAAGAACGCCUCGGGCCCUGAGAUCCAAGCCGGUCUGAGGAGCAUCGAGGAUGAAGUCGUUUUAGAAAUGCACAGGGCCAUUUCUGGAGACCUGCAGAACGAGGAAGAGAUGGACAGAGCCAUGGAGGAUGCUGGAGAGGAGCAUAUUUACCAGCGUACCCACGGCUUGUUUGGGAAUCGCGUGGAGUCGUUUUCCGCUGAGAACGCCAACGCUCAGUCCCCAAAAAUGACCAACCAGAGGCCUCUUAAGUUCAUGGAAAACUACCCCGAGUCAGCACUUAUCCCCUCCGCCAUCGAGCCCGUGGCAGACCUUUUGCCGACCACGACGCCCAAAAAUAACACCAACAACAACGCUUUUGCGGACCUCCCGUCGGAAAGAGAAGGAAGUCCAGAAGAUCUGAGUGAGGAUGCAGAGCCAGACAACCUCAACUCCUGGAACUUCACAGUAAGGACAGACAGAACACAGUUCCCUUAUGAGCCAACAAGGCUCAGUGACAGUCCAAGCGGCAGCUCCCAUAGUGCUGCUGAGCAACUUGUCCAGGAGCAGGAUCCUGAGGACGUACCCACCACGCUGGAGGACAUCGAGGGCGUAGCUCGGGCUCUCCUCAAGCAACGCACUGUCAGAAAGACACGCCCCGUCCCCGCGCCUCCUCCUCACACCCAGACCGAGGCCCCCCAGGAAGCACAGCGGCCAGAUCCGGCUGUGAGGAGGAAGAGGCGUCCUGUUCCCGGCAGUCCCUCUGCUCGUGUCCAACAUCCAUCAGAGCUGCCUGAGGCUGACUCCAAUGUUUAAAGGUCACGCGGACAUGUUUGUGCAUCCCGCAGCUUUAAAAGACACGUCACAUGUGCUGAAACACGUCGAUGAGGCUCCACAAACAACCUAUGCCACCUUUGCAGGUACAGUACAGACUAGGGAACGUAAACUCACUUCCUGCACUAUAAUAACAUUGUUUUUGUGCAAUGUGCAAACAUCUGUCUGGCCUUUACAUUACCUGGGAGGAUUCAAAUAUAUGACCAUGCCAACUCUAUUCAUAAAGCCCUUCAAACAUCUCUAAUAGCCUUUUGUGAAGGCAGUCUGGAUUAUUUAUAUCUUAAAUGCCUUCAUAUUUCUUUAUGUAUGAUGGAAUAUUGGGUGUUUUAAAUAAAUAAAAAGUAACAUUUCCACACAGAUGUAAAGACUACAAAAAUGUGUACUUAAUGAAUCAACAAGUUGAUGAAU